GGGGCUCUGCGGAGCGGGGCUGGGCAGGGAAGGAGGGAACCCCGAGAGGAUGGUGUGGGAAAGCUGUGAGCAGCUGGGGAAAGGGCGCCGUGUCCCUGGAGGCCCGGUCGAGACUGGGGAGGAUCUGGGUGUGCUCAGAGCCGACGGCAGCCGCUCUGGGGUGGUUGGGUGCUACCUUGAGGAGCCCCUUGGGGGGUCUGGUGACAGGUGAGCCUCAGCCGAGAAGAGCGGAGCCUCUUCCACAGUAGUGUUGGGUCGAUUGGUCCUCAGAAAGCUUUUAUUGCCUCUUCACAUCCAGUAUUGCCGCAUUCCUAAAAUGUAGCGCUGACCUCCAGCCGGUUACAGCUACCAGCCUUCCUCCCCCACCUCACACACCUUCCACCAUGGCAGUCCACUUGGUGCGACGCUGCUGCUGGCGGCACUUGGGUGCCUUGGUCUCUGCUCCCUCAGCAGUCCCGGCUUCUCUGCUGGCACCAGCUGGGAAGGUGGUGAUGGCGAGAGCUCUGUCUCAAGCACCUUUCGCUUCAUUUCAUAUUUCGAGCCCUUCCAGCUGGGCAGAUGGAUUUUCAGUCAAAGAGCAGGUGGAAGACAACAGGAAUCAAGACCACAAAAUGAUCAGGGAACUGAUGGAAACAGCCACGAGUCCUCAAGAACUCUUGCAGUUGAGUGUCCUCCACACUCUUAAUAGCAACGAAGCUGCACUAAUAAUUACUCAACUUUCCCGGCUCGCAGCGGAAAAAAAAUUGGAAACAGAGAGCAUUCUGCAAGAUCAUCGUUUCCAACAGCUCAUCAGCAUCAUGGAUUCCCAGAUUUCUCAUGUGUGGAAUAACGCCUUGGUGAACCUCCUGAGGAGCCUCUACUCCCUGGGGAUGGACCACAGCAGGAGGGAGAUGCAGUCGGUGGAGCAGGAGGUGCUGUGGCGGCUGCGGCGCCUCACCUUCAGGCAGCUCUCCUCCCUGGCAGAGGCCUUGGCAAUCAAGCAGGGAAAGGAGAGCAAGCUGCUGAACGAAGUCAUCAGGAAGCUGGAGCUGCGUUGGACGGAGCUUGAGGGCACCCGCACUGUGGUGGCACUGAUGGGCAAGAUCGGGCACAUCUCCCCGGCUCUGAUGGACCGGCUGGAGGACAAGGCUCUGGAGCUUGCCGAACAGUUCAACCCUGAUGACAUCCGGAAAGUAACGCUGACUCUAGCCUACCAGAACCGGCGCUGCGUGCCUCUGCUCCGAGCCUUGUCCUACCACCUGAUCCAGAAGCACUCUGAGCUCAGCCUCAACGUCCUGAUGGACCUGAUCUUUGCCUAUGGAAAACUGAAUUUCCACCAGCCCCAGGUCUUCCAGAAGAUAGCCACUGACCUGCACCCCCACGUUUCCAGCAUGACGCCCGUCGAGGUGACGCGCUGCAUCAGAUCCUUUGCCCUCCUCAAGUGGCUCAGCCUGCCGCUGUUUGAGGCCAUUGCACAGUAUGCCCUGGACAACGCCAAGCAGCUGUCAGUCACCCAUUUGUGCAGCAUCAUCCUGUCUUUUGCUCGCCUGAACUUCCAGCCUAGCAGCAGCGAGGACUUCUUCAACAUGGUAACCUUUCCUCCUCUUCGUCAACCUUCCUCCCUCCCUCGUGAGCAGGAAGGCUGCCCAUCUCCUUCUGGCACAUCCCUGUGUGAAAGUGUGUGUUGGAUGGCUUGAGCCAGCUUUAAGCAU